CAACCUGGGUACACUCAGCAUGUCUUGUUCAAACAAGCCAGCUUUCUAUUAACUCAGAUUGGGAAGGGUAGCGAAGGGCAGAAAACUGGCUACUGGCAUUCAUGUGUCAAAACAUCUUUGCAGCCAUUUUCCUUCCUGAAGCCUGAGGAUCUGAGGGGCAGGCUGGUUUGUGGUGUGAGUCAGUGUCAUCUUACAUCUUGCAAUCAGUCUGUUGAAGACACACGGCAGUUAUAAACUGAAUGAACAGAAUAUGGGGUCAGAUGAGGCCUACAACUUUGUCUUUAAGGUGGUUCUAAUAGGAGAAUCUGGUGUAGGAAAGAGCAACCUGCUGUCCCGCUUCACCAAAAAUGAGUUCAACCAUGACAGUCGCACGACCAUCGGGGUGGAGUUCAGCACACGGACGGUGCAACUCAGAGGCUUCACCAUCAAAGCCCAGAUCUGGGACACGGCCGGGCUGGAGCGAUACAGGGCCAUCACUUCUGCGUACUACAGAGGUGCUGUUGGAGCCCUGCUAGUCUUUGACAUCACCAAACACCUCACCUAUGAGAGCGUUGAGCGCUGGCUGAAGGAGCUGUACGACCACGCUGACCCCCACAUCGUGGUCAUGCUGGUGGGCAACAAGACUGACCUGGAGUCAGAGAGAUCUGUGCCCAACGAGGAGGCUAAAGACUAUGCAGAAAAGAAUGGUCUUUUGUAUCUGGAGACGUCCGCUUUGGAGUCAACUAAUGUGGAGGCAGCAUUCAACAGUGUCCUAUCAGAGAUUCAGAGGAAGGUGAGCAGUAAGGAAGUGGUUCGGGGGUCUAUCAGUGCUGUGUCCCUAAACAGCUCCAGCGCAGAAAACACAGAGGAGAAGAGGACCUGCUGCAAGAACAUCUGAUCACAAGGUCCUCCAGGAGCCCAGGGGCCUCGGAGGGGCGGGGUGGGGGGGUCGACAUGGCAACCGUGGUUGCCAACAUACAUGGUCCUUGCUUAAGUGAUGUCACUUUGAAAAUGGCCGUUUUACAAGUUGUACAAGCUGCAUGAUGGUGUGUUGUAUUUAAAAGAUGAUUCAUAUAUGUGAAUGAAUGUAGCUGGAGGUCAACGUCAAUCUUUUUAGAGUCCCUGUGAAAUAGGUCAAAAGUGAAACACCUAACCGUGUUACCUGUAAGAUAAUAUAUUUACAAUCCAUGCACAGAAUUGGAGUGACGUAGAAGCAUCAUGUUCACGUGUGAUUGCAAAUGACUGUUUUAUUUUGGGUGGUUGGCGGACUGUGGGUCUUGCUGUCACUGCUGUGCUUGUGCUCCAGCCGAUGAUCGCAGAUCGGGCUGAUUGCAAAAUUGUUGAGAAAUAAACGAUUUAUGGAGA